AAUCAACCUAACCAAAGUUGUGAAAAUGUCUCAUAAAAAUAUAAACAAUAUCAAAAAAAUAUAAAUAUCAUGUUCUAAAUAUAAAUUUACACCUAAUUCAUUGAAUAAAAUUAAUCCACAAUGAUAACGUUAAAACAACGUUUGAAACGAAAAACCGAAAGUGCAGAGCCUACUUCUUCCAGGGUGUCCAUAAGAGAUAGACUCCUAGUGAAAGAGGCUCAAGAAAUGUCCAAAUUAUUACCAGCAUGUUGCUCCAUUGAUUAUUUGAACGUUAACGAUUUAAGUAAGUUUAUUUUAAUAGUGAAACCGACUGAAGGCUACUGGGAAGGAGGGACAUUUAGAUUUGAAAUAAACGUUACUGACGAAUACAACAUGGAACCUCCUAUAGUGAAAUGUAUAACAAAAUUAUGGCAUCCUAAUAUUACUGAAUCGGGUGAAGUUUGUUUAUCUCUUUUUAGAAGGCACAGCGUUGAGGAUGGUAUGGGUUGGUCACCGAUAAGAACACUAAUCGAUGUUGUAUGGGGUCUUAACGCUCUAUUCACAGAUUUGUUAAAUUUUGAAGAUCCUCUUAACGUGGAAGCUGCCGAAAUGUAUAGGAAUUCUAAAGAAGAAUUUAAAAUUAAAGUAAUGGAAUAUGUUACUAAUUAUGCUCAAAAAUAGUUUUGCCUGCAUUGAUAUUCAACAUUUUGUAUUCAUUCAAUAAUUUUUUUUAUUGAAAAGUAUAUUAUAUAAAUAUGUAUAUAAGGGUUCUACAAAAUAAAUAUAUGAAUGCA